UAACUGCCCUGCUCCUGAGAUCGCCACUUUCAAAACAUUUCUGAAAUUCCGCACUCAAAUCAUUUCUCAUUAGCUUUCAGACGAUCUUAUCGACAUUUUCACUCUCUCCCUCUGCUACGAUGGGUACCUCUCAGAGCCGCGACGGCUUCGACUUGGCUGACUCCGACUCGGAUCCAUACACUGAAGAGGAAGAGGAAGAGGAUGAGCAGGAGCAAUACGACGACGCCGAGGACCAACAAAAGCCCCAAACCUCGCCGGCGACCCAAGCUAAUUCCAAAUCCCUAGCCGAGGUCGACGCCAAGCUCAAAUCCCUGAAGCUCAAGUACGGUGCCUCUUUGUCUCCUUCCUCAUCGCAAAACCUUUAUUCGAUGAAUUCCGUCAAGCUUUACCUCCACAUCGGCGGCAACACCCCCAAAGCCAAGUGGAUCGUCUCGGACAAGCACGCAUCUUAUUCCUUUGUCAGAACCUCCAAAAUUGACGGCGAGGAUGAUGAAGAUGAACCGGACGGCGCUAUGGGACAGUCUUGGUGGGUACUGAAAGUGGGGUCCAAGGUUCGUGCUAGGGUUUCGACGGAGAUGCAAUUGAAGUUGUUCGGCGAUCAGCGCCGCGUCGAUUUUGUAUCCAACGGCGUGUGGGCCUUGAAGUUCCCCACCGACCAGGCGUUUAGGAAAUUCGUCUCUGAAUUUCAGGAUUAUUUGUUUGAGAAUGUGCACGGGCUCAAAGCGACUGAGGAAAACAAGAUUAAGGUUUACGGGAAAGAGUUCAUUGGGUGGCUGAAGCCCGAGGCGGCGGACGAUUCGAUGUGGGAGGAUACAGACGAUGGCGGCCAGCCGGAAACACCUAUCCGAGCGAGCCAGGACUUACUAGAGGAGUUUGAGGAGGCUGCGAAUGGUGGUGUACAGAGCUUGACACUGGGAGCACUGGAUAACAGCUUCUUGGUGAACGAUAUAGGUCUGCAGGUUUACAGGAAUUUUAAUCGUGGAAUCCAUGGGAAAGGUGUUUCUGUCAAAUUCGAUGCUGGGAACUCGAGUUCGGGCCGAUUGUCUACCCCGAAAAAGGCGUUGUUGAUGAGGGCCGAGACGAAUAUGCUCCUUAUGAGUCCAUUGAAUGAAGGGAAGCCCCACACCACGGGGCUUCAACAGCUUGACAUUGAGACAGGCAAGAUUGUUACGGAUUGGAAGUUUGAGAAGGAUGGGGCUGAUAUUACAAUGAGGGAUAUCACCAACGAUACUAAGGGGUCCCAAUUAGAUCCGUCGGAGUCGACCUUUCUGGGGUUGGAUGAUAAUAGGUUAUGUCAGUGGGAUAUGCGUGAUCGUAGAGGAAUGGUUCAGAACAUUGCGAUGGCAAAUUCACCAGUGUUGCAUUGGACGCAGGGGCACCAGUUCUCGAGAGGGACGAAUUUUCAGUGCUUUGCGACAACCGGAGACGGGUCGAUUGUUGUUGGUUCUCUCGAUGGGAAGAUAAGGUUGUAUUCGAAGUCAUCGAUGAGGCAGGCCAAGACAGCUUUUCCUGGGCUCGGCUCACCGGUUACAAAUGUGGAUGUUACGUACGAUGGGAAGUGGAUUUUAGGCACGACUGACACCCAUUUGAUCCUCAUCUGCACUCUGUUUACAGACAAAGAUGGGAGGACAAAGACUGGAUUUAGUGGUCGAAUGGGGAACAAGAUUCCUGCUCCAAGGUUGUUAAAGCUGACUCCUCUGGAUUCGCAUUUGGCUGGGACAAAUAAUAAAUUUCACGGCGGCCAUUUCUCGUGGGUCACUGAAAAUGGAAAACAUGAGCGCCACCUGGUUGCAACAGUGGGCAAGUUCAGCGUGAUAUGGGACUUCCAGCAGGUGAAGAACAGUGCUCACGAGUGCUACCGGAAUCAGCAAGGCCUUAAAAGCUGUUAUUGUUACAAGAUUGUAUUGAAGGAUGAGUCCAUUGUUGAGAGCCGUUUCAUGCACGAUAAGUUUGGUGUUAGCGGUGAUUCUCCAGAAGCUCCACUGGUGGUGGCAACCCCUUUGAAAGUUAGCUCUAUUAGUCUCUCUGGUAAGCGACAAGAUUGACAAGUAAUCUUUGUUUUCCUAAAGUUGCUUUCUUGUUCUUGUCCGAUUUGUGUGCAUUCAUUUUGGCUUGCUCGCAUCUGUAUUUUAGAUCUCUCGCUCCCCGCUUAUCUUGCCUGCUGCUUGUAUUUACCUGAAUUCUUUGUUACAUUUUUACCAUGUGACAAAAACGUUGGCAUUGAAAAUC